GAUUUUAUUUUUCCUUUUUCUUUAUGAUCUCUCUUUCUUCAUCAUCUUUAAUACAUCUUCUUCUUUAUCGCAUCCUCUACUAACCCUAGUUCCACUCACAUUUCCCACUGAGAUUGACUAAAUUUGCAUCGCCAUUAUUAUUAUUAUCUUUUCAUACAAGGUGACGAUUUUUUUUUUCAUAAAUUUGCAUCGCCUCUGAUCUCACAUCCACCGGAAGAGGAAAAGUUCAACGAAGUUAAAAAAAUAUUCCUUCGUUAAUUUGCUUCCGCGGAUUUUUUUUUUCCCGCCAUUAUUAUUUAUAUUUUUAUUAAUCGGAAAAUUAAUCAAGAAAAUGGAGAGAGUGAAUCUGGGAGGUUUGGGUUACGAUAAUGGCGGAGGAGUCAUGAUGACUAGAGAUCCUAAACCCAGAUUGAGAUGGACCGCCGAUCUUCACGAUCGCUUCGUCGACGCCGUCGCUAAGCUCGGUGGCGCUGACAAAGCAACUCCCAAAUCGGUUCUGAAGCUGAUGGGAUUAAAAGGCUUAACACUGUACCAUCUCAAGAGCCAUUUACAGAAGUAUAGACUUGGUCAACAACAAGGGAAAAAACAAAAUCGAUCAGACCAAAACAAGGAAAAUGCUGGAAGUUCAUAUGUGCAUUUCGACAAUUGUUCUCAAGGCGGAAUCUCGAAUGAAUCAAGAUUUGAUAAUGGUCAUCACAGACAAAGCGGGAAUGUACCUUUUGCUGAGGCAAUGAGACAUCAGGUUGAUGCACAACAGCGGUUUCAAGAACAGCUCGAGGUGCAGAAAAGACUGCAGAUGAGAAUGGAGGCACAAGGAAAGUAUUUGUUGACGUUACUAGAGAAAGCACAGAAGAGCAUACCUUGUGGUAAUAAUGCAACAGAAACAGAUUUCAAUCUCGCACUUUCGGGACUUGUAGGAGAUGAUCAUAAGAGCCACAAGGCGGUUGGUUUGGUUACCGAUAAUAUCUCACACCUUAAUGGUGAUUCCUCUGAUGAUUUUCGGUUAUGUGGAGAGCAAGAGAAAAUAGAAACCGGAGGAGAUGCAGGUGUUAUUAAACCGGAAUCCGGGUUUGUGCAUUUCGAUUUGAACUCCAAAAGUGGGUUUGAUCUCUUGAAUUCUGGCAACUAUGGGAUUGAAAUGAAGCCAAAUGUGAUUGCAGAUAGACAUCCGUAGGUAUAAGAGACAUUUUCUUUUAAUUUUUAAUGUUUUCUUCUUCCUUUAUCCUUAUAGAAUGUUUCAAAAAUUGGCUUCAUGUUUUCUUCACAGUCAAAAAAAGGAAAAAUGAUUAUAAACCUCUCUCUUUUUUUAAAGUCCACUGAUAGAUUUUCUGUAAAAUUUUUUCUGUAAAAUUCUCUCCAGAAU